AUGACGCAAAUUUAUUUUCUUCUUUCACAUUCUUCUCAACCUAUUCCUCUUUUUCUUCACUUUCUCAUCCAUUCACGUCUAUUUCUCUCCUGUUUUGCUGAUUUCUCAUCUAUUUCUCAUCUAUUUGGUAUUGGAAGAAGAGGGUUUGACUUGGGAAGUUGUUGGCAAUGCCACUGGGCUAAUGAACCUGCAAGAGUUACUAGACAUAACUCUAGACUUGUUACAUUAGUGUCUAAUGGAGAUGAGGAGUUGGAGGUGGAAGAAGAAGACUUUGAAAUUGAAUCAAGUGAUGAGCAAGAUGAUAUUAAUGUGGUGGAACUUAGAAAUAAAGAUGAGAGGAAUGUGGUUUAG